AUGUCAGCAAGUCACCAUCAUCAAGUGAUGAUGGAGUCCUCCUUAGCGCUCGGUAGACUGGAGCUGACUUCCGCCGUCGGUGUUAACAUGACCCCGUGCAUCUCUCCCGGCGCCUCCACUAAAGAGAUGAGCGGUCCCCGGCAAAUCGGAACGCAAGGACCGGCUCACCUAAAUGGAUGUGUGCCGCUGUCACAUCAGGUCGCGGGUCACAAGUAUGGAGUGGAUAAAGUGGGAAUUCUGCAACAUCCAGAUGGAACAGUCCUGAAGCAACUCCAACCUCCACCUAGAGGACCAAGAGAGAUGCAGUUUUAUAGCAUGGUAUAUGCAGAGGACUGUUGCGACCCAUGCCUUCUUGAACUCCAGAACCAUCUUCCAAAAUAUUAUGGCACUUUGUCCUCUCCCGAUGCACCUAAUGACCUAUACAUGAAGCUGGAGGAUGUGACCCGCCGCUUUGUCAAGCCGUGCAUCAUGGACGUGAAGCUUGGCCAACGAAGCUACGAUCCGUACGCCUCGCAAGAGAAAAGGGAGCAACAGAUUAGGAAGUACCCACUCAUGGAGGAGAUAGGCUUCCUGGUCCUCGGCAUGAGGGUUUACAAGCUCUGCAAUGACACUGUUGACACAUUUGACCAGCACUAUGGAAGAGGACUGUUGAAGGACACCAUUAAAGAUGGCUUGGCGAAAUUCUUUCACAAUGGCGUUUGUCUGAGGAAGGACGCUGUUAUGGCCAGCAUUUGCCGAGUGCAGAAUAUCCUCCGCUGGUUCGAGUCUCAGCGUCAACUAGUCUUCUACGCCAGCUCCCUUCUCUUUGUCUACGAGGGCCUCCCGUCCUCGUCCGUGUCCAGCGCCUUCCCCCUCACCGGCCCGGCAGCCACAGGCAAAGAUUGGAACGAGGUGGACGAAAGGAGACGUGAAGUAGGCGAAAAGAACGAAAAGAUGGCAGAGUACAACAACAACAACAUCGAAAACGAUCGCACCCUAGAAUCCAUUUACAGCAAUCGCAGGAAAGCUAGCCUCCAUCUUUGUGCCAAGACUCAACUCCAAGGCGGCGGAGGAGACGACGCCACUUUGGGAACGACGGUAGACAAAUCGCCGCCGCGAGAUAACUCCUCGUGGUUGUCUCAGCAAGCGCCGAACGGAAAUAGAAACAAAUCCCAACUUGAAGAGGAGACGCGAGAGCAGGAGAACAGCGUGGGCAGAGACGAGGAUAUUGCGCGAGGCGAUGAGGCGACGGCGUUGAGCGAAGGGAACGCACAAGUGGAGGUCAAGAUGAUCGACUUCGCUCACGUUUUCCCCAGCGACGGCCACGAUCACGGCUACAUUUAUGGCCUCAAGCACCUGCUGACCGUGUUGAAGCAAAUACUCUCGGACGAGGCUUAG